AUGAUAAACCCAUUUGACGAGGGACAUGGACAUAAGGAGCAGGAGCAUCCAAUAAAGCUUCCAUACGCCGCUUACACACGCAGCUCAAGUCCAACAAAAAGAUAUCAACCAUUGGAUUAUGACAGUGAGGACGACAGUGAGCAAGAUUUCAACGUGUUUCCAGCGUCUGAUAUUAAACAACAGCAACAUGGUGUCAAGCAAUCACCAAACAUAUUUGCAAAAAGCACAGGGAAAUCCAACCAUCAAGCAAUAAAACCCAAGUCGCCAUUUGUCGGUAAUGCACCAAGGAUGGAGUUCAACCCCAACAUUGAUCUUGAAACCACACCCAGAGCACACUUCACCUCACGCGAAUCUCCAAAAAGACAACGGAAUACAGAAAUAGUGUUUGACGAGGAUGAAGAAGCAAAUAACGGCUCUCCAUUGAGAUCCUCGUUUCAAGGAAGCUCGAUAAGCAGUCAAAGAUACUUGGACCCGCCACAGCCGAUAUUCUCGCCAGGUACCCUUCAUGAAGCCGGCCAUUACUCGGAUGAUCAAAGUACGUACUAUGAGAAUGACAAGUAUAAUGAAAAGGAAGAGACUAGAGAAGAGGCAAGAUCUAUGUAUUCAGAAUCGACAGCGUACACUGGAUACUCACACUUGUCUGAUCCCAACGACGAAGCUCAGUACUUUACCGAGUCAAUAGAUGGUAACCUCAUGCAAAACAUUGAUGCAGCUUACGAUCCACAUAAAGAGAAAACCAUCACGCGCCGGAAAGUAAGACUAGUUGGUGGUAAGAAAGGGAACUUGGUGUUGGAGAACCCAAUACCGGGAGAGUUACGCAAGGUGUUGACCCGGACGGAGUCCCCCUUUGGAGAGUUUACCAAUAUGACCUAUACUGCUUGUACUUCGGAUCCAGAUACUUUUAUUGAGGAAGGGUUCACUUUGAGAGCAGCAAAAUUCGGGAGAGAAACCGAGAUCCUUGUUUGUAUUACAAUGUACAAUGAGGAUGAAUUUGCAUUUGCUAGAACUAUGCACGGGGUCAUGAAAAAUGUUGCUCAUUUGUGUUCAAGGCGUAAGUCUAAAGUUUGGGGAAAAGAUAGUUGGAAAAAGAUUCAGGUGGUGAUUGUUGCCGAUGGUAGAAAUAAAGUCAAUGAGUCUGUUCUACAAUUGCUCACUGCCACCGGAUGUUACCAAGAUAAUCUAACAAGGCCCUAUGUGAACAACAAGCAAGUGAAGGCCCAUUUAUUUGAAUACACCACGCAGAUAUCCAUUGAUGAGGAGUUGAAAUUCAAGGGGGACGAGAAAAACUUGACUCCCGUUCAAGUUUUGUUCUGUUUAAAAGAACAAAACCAAAAAAAGAUCAACUCCCACAGAUGGCUCUUCAAUGCCUUUUGUCCUGUAUUGGACCCCAAUGUUGUUGUUCUUCUUGAUGUCGGGACUAAGCCGGAUAAUCACGCGGUAUACAAUUUGUGGAAAGCAUUUGACAAGGACUCAAAUGUUGCCGGUGCUGCAGGAGAAAUUAAAGCCAUGAAGGGGAAAGGAUGGAGAAAUUUAAUCAACCCAUUGGUUGCUUCUCAAAACUUUGAGUACAAAUUAUCAAAUAUCCUUGAUAAGCCAUUGGAGUCAUUAUUUGGGUACAUAUCCGUCCUUCCUGGAGCUUUAUCAGCUUAUCGGUAUAUUGCACUAAAAAACCACGAAGAUGGUACGGGGCCGUUGGCGUCCUACUUCAAAGGCGAAGACUUACUAAGAUCACAUGAAAAGGAUAAGGAAAACACCAAAACCAAUUUCUUUGAAGCCAACAUGUACUUGGCCGAGGACAGAAUCUUGUGUUGGGAGCUUGUGUCAAAAAGAGGUGAUAAUUGGGUUCUAAAAUUUGUCAAGCUGGCCACCGGGGAGACAGAUGUUCCAGAAACAAUAUCUGAGUUUCUUGCACAAAGAAGAAGGUGGAUCAAUGGUGCUUUUUUUGCAGCUUUAUACUCAUUAUACCAUGGGAGAAAAGUGUGGCACACAGACCACUCUUUUGCAAGAAAGUUUUGGCUUAAUGUUGAAUUCAUGUAUCAAACUGUCAACUUGGUUUUCUCCUUUUUUUCAUUGAGCAACUUUUACUUGACGUAUUACUUUCUUACUGGUUCACUUGUGUCGUACAAGCACUUGGGUCAUAAUGGAGGUUUCUGGAUAUUCACAUUGUUCAAUUAUCUAUGUAUCUGUGUGUUGGUUUCGCUAUUCAUUGCUUCCAUUGGUAACCGACCACACGCAUCAAAAAACAUAUUUAAAACACUAAUAAUCUUGCUAACAGUAUGUUCCUUGUACGCUUUGAUUGUGGGUUUGGUGUUCGUUGUCAACACAAUACAACAAUUCGGCCUGGGAGCUACGUCAUCCUACGUUUUGAUCAGCAUUGUGGUCUCCCUUCUUUCUACUUAUGGACUUUACACAAUCAUGUCGAUACUAUACUUGGACCCAUGGCACAUGUUGACUUGUUCGGUACAAUAUUUCUUAUUGGUUCCAGCUUACACAUGCACAUUGCAAAUAUUUGCAUUCUGCAACACCCACGACGUGUCCUGGGGAACAAAGGGAGAUAACAACCCACAAGAGGACAAAACCAACCAAUACAUCAUUGAGCAAAACGACCAGGGUGAGUACGAAGCGGUUGUGCUGGAUGUUAAUGUUGAUGAAGUGUACCUUGAGACAUUGUACAACAUCAGAGCAAACAGAUCAAGCAAGAAGGUUAACAAGAAAAAGACCACCAAACAUGUAUUAGAUGGAGACGACUAUGCUAAGGAUGUGCGAACAAAAGUGGUACUUUUCUGGAUGUUGGCCAAUUUAGUUUUCAUCAUGACAAUGGUUCAAGUCUACGAACCAGGAGACACCGCGCGCAACAUUUACCUUGCGUUCAUUUUAUGGACAGUGGCUGUUUUAGCCCUCUUCAGAGCUGUUGGCUCUUGUGGCUACUUGCUCCAUGACUACACUAGGAGCUUGGUUGAAAUGUCAAGCAAAUGGAAAAAUAGAAGAGCAGGAUACAAUCAGACAAAUAACAACCCUUUGAAUUAG